UCGGAGUGGCGGCAACGGUCUCUCGAGCAACGGGUCACCAUGGCAGUCGACAACCCCUCGUAUUUCUCGUUGUCGAGCGGUGCAGCGUCGUCGUCGAACGCGACGGCCGCGACGUCGACAACGAGCGUGGCGUUCUCGCCACCAACUAAGGCUCCCACGGGCCUGACGGCCCUGUUCCGUCGGCGGCCUUGCAAAAUGGGCGCGGGCUCCUCCGCGAGCGUGGUAUCAACGUCCACAGCCAGCACCACGCUAAUGCACCAAGAAAGCAACCGGAGCAGCGCGUCUGGCGCGUCGACGCCCUCGACGCCCACCGAAGAACGCGUCCCGAUGCUCUCCAGAAAUGGAAACCAUGGUGGAGCUAACCAGAGAAGGAGCUUCAGGAAUUUGUUCAGGUCCGUCAGCGCAAAUGCUGAUCACGAGAGGACGCAACAGUUCCUCAAGGGCGACCCGAGACCAUCGGAUGUCGCGCCACCCUCGCCCUACCUACCCCACAGGUCACAUUCACACUCCGAAAAUGACAGGAGACGACCUGGUCGAAGUAGAGCAGUCCUGAAAUCUGCGAGCGAGCUGCUUUCGAACGAUAUGGUGUAUUGUGGUCUGGCUAGGGAUAGUCAUCGCCACGACGACGAUGACGAAGAUGACGAUGAUCCUGAUUCUAGCGAAGUUUUCAUCGGCGUCGAUGAUGCAAGGUACUACAACCUAUCAUCCACUCUCCCAGCGCCAGGUUCAGCAGCCGCAGGCCGGAGAAGACACUCGAUAGGCACUUUCUUAGGUAAAGAUCGUGGAGCAAAUGUCAAAGACAACGUUGCCAAGAAGCAACCUCACAAUUCUGCAGCUAUAGUAGAACCAGACACAAUGGCGCCACCUGCGCCAGUGGAUACCGUUGAUGGUGUCGAGAACAGGACAGGAAGGUCUUGCAGCAGGUCCAGGCGCAGGCGACAUCGCAGUUCCUCCAGCAGGGGGUCCCGUUCAGCAACCGGGCUGUCGAAAAGUGACUCUCAUCCUGAGGACGACGUGCUCUUCGUGUCCAGCAAGGACAGCGAGAUCUCAAGCUUGUGGGUGAACUACCUCACAGCCUGUUUCGAACAGAUCAGCAGGCAGCAGGGUCGGCCGCCAUUCAAAGUACGUCACGUCACCGUCGAAGAAACGAUUCCGCCAGGCACCGAGGACAGGAUCAGAUCAGCGCGUCUGCAGAUCGUGGUAGUGUGUCCUGUGCUCCUGGAACGCGUGCAAAGUCGGCCGGAACACGCUACCAGCCUAGCCAAGCACCUAGUCUGCGAUAAGGUGCUGGCGAUGAUGCUAGGUGUCCACGACAGUCAUAUCAGCGACGCCCACAAGUCAAUCCUGGUGUCUUACAACCAGUGGAGGAAAUUUUUCGUGAAGGACCAGGAUGAGACGUUCGUCGGCGAACUUUUGGGAGCCGCAGUUGGUAUCCUUGGUACCACUCCACCACCUGCGCUGAGAAGCGACAAGACUGCCUUCUCGGUUCAUCCGAAAAAAGUGAAGCUGGGUCACAACAGGAUAAUCGCGCUGCUGAACGAUCCCCUACGACCAGAGGACAACGUCUCGGUGAUUGUGGAUCGCUGCGGGGAGGCGAUCGAGAUCGUCCACGUGAAACGGCGAAAUCCUUACGCCCUGCAGUUCUCCAUUCCCGAAAGAUGCUUAGAGGUAUCGAUGUUAGUUGGCGUAAGGAUAUCGAAGAACGGUUGUCCUUUGGGAGUGAGGCAGGUGAAGUGCGAGAGUAGGCUCAGAGAACUCGACCAGAUACUCAGGGCGCACGACAAUCCCCUGGAAUUCAUGUGUCAGACAUUCGGCUUCAAUCCUGGUGACCGCGAACAACUGGACAACUGGAUGGUCCACGCGUUUCAACGCAACAUACCGCCACAUUUUAAUCUUCUCUCCACGCCCAGUGGAGUGGUGUCUACACAAAAAGUCCACUCGAGUCCCGAAGAGAAUCCAACGCUGCUGCACUUCGCCGCCCGCUUUGGGUUGGAGAGACUGGCCUGGCAGCUGUUAGAGUGUCCAGGUGGCGACAUAGCCUGCGACCUGAGGAAUGUGUCGGAGCUAACACCGGCCGAUCUCGCGGAACAAGCUGGACACGCGAGACUGGCGCACCAGCUUCGUGGCUACAUGCAAAUGAACGAGUUCACCAACAUGUACAGCUACCUGAAGGUGAUUAGCGAGACGACGACGGACCAAGCGGCAAGCACAGACCAAUCAUCGACUAACACGAGCAACGAAGCCAGCAACGAUAAGGAAGAUUACUGUCGUCCACGACCACUGAGUGAAGCUUAUUCAGUUCCACCAGCAGCAAGACCGAUAACAUCUCUAAUCUUACCAGGCCAAUUAUCAGUCACCCCUAGCCUGACCACCAGCAACCCUAUUGAAGCAAAUUACUCGAUCGUACCGGCACCGACGCCGGUCGUCGCCAGUCCAUCGACACCGACCGCUCCAGCGACCACGCCGAACGGCCUUGAGCUGCCUCUUCAAGGCUACAUGAAAAUGCAUCCAGCUGGACCCAAAACGCCUACGUCCAACGUGACCAGUCAACAACCGUCCAGGACAGCGACGCCCACGCAGAACCGUCACGACUGUCACCCGAGUCCUCGCGAGGAGAAUAGCCAGUCUUCCUGUUCCUACGGCAGGACCACGUCUAGCUCGAGCACCAAGUCGAGAGAGCCAUCCGGGCCACAGGACGAGCUCCUCGAGAUCAUAAACGACUUCAAGAACAACGUGUUCACGAUAACUGAGGUCGAGAGGCUCGUUGAGAACUGGAGGAACCGGAAUGACGUACAACAAAGCUUCAAGGAUAAGCAGAGACAGUUGACCGCGAUGAGGGAAGAGUACGAGAGGAUACAGAAGAGGAUGAAGGAGGAAAUGAAGGCGCCGACUCCUUUUGACAGGAUCAGGAAAUUCUUCUCUAAAGGAAAGAAAGACUCGAAAGACUCUGCGAGCGGAAGCGACGAUUCCACAGCCAGCAAAGCGGAGACUAUUAAUGGAGGACUGGCGGAUCGCAGACCAGUUAGCAGUCUGAGUCUUCGUAGCGUGUCAAGCUCGUCUUCAUCUGGCAGAAUGAGCACCGCCAGUGGAUGCAGUGGAACUAGCCUAGGCGACAGUGGAACGCAUUCUGACACCGAAGACAGAAGACUACAGAACGCGAGGGAAGAUAAGCCAGGCGUGAUGUCCUACGAAAUACCGCCCGCCCCGAAACCUUUCGCUGGAAGGUACUCACCUGCGCUCAGGUACUCCCCGUCGCCUCGUUCCUCAACCGGCAACGACCUUGACCUCAGACCUUCUCAGCUACCAUCGAAGGCGGAGGACAACGAGUAUUACAUCGCUUUUCCUCCCUCGGGUUUACCCGUGCACUCGUUCAAGCCAGACCACUCGCAGAAGGAGCCAAAGACCCCAAGCUCUCCGUGCGACCACCCGAAGUAUCUGGAAAUGAUCCAGAACCCAUCACCAGGUGUUGCGAACACUCCAGACUCGGAACAGCCGCGGCAUCCAAGCAAUAGUUACGCGAACAUCGAGCCGGCUCCCUUGAAUUCGGCCCCUGCGCCGCCUCCAGGCAUGUGCAUUCCCACGAACUACAUGAACGUGACACCUGCCCGCGUCACGCCAUUCCAGGAAGUCGUCCAGGGCCAACAGAGGCACUCGACUGAACUGGCACAGACGCCAGAGUGCUCAAAGAACCUGGCUAAGGCUGAUACACCGAAAUCAGAGGAUAUUAAGACACUUGCUGAUGGUCAAGGUCAAGCUGCAGACGUGGCUGUGAACAAGAGUAACGAGGAAUACGUGGAAACAGACCUGGUGAAUGGUUCUUGUGACGUAGACGUCCCGGACUGCGGCAGAAUGCCAGAUUACAUGAACGUGGACCUCUCACAGGAUCUCAAGGUCACUGCCAAGAAGGCGCCUGCUCCACCUGUACCCCCAAGAGGCGCCACAAAGAAGUAAGAAUAUAGCCACUACAGACGCCAUUGUCAUUCUUUUACUUCUUCUACGAUAGAAGAUCAUCCGCGAGACGUGCCUUCGAUGAUUGUUCACUUCAUUCACGAACUGUCCGUUAAAUAGUUCCAUCAAAGUGAUCGUACGACGCCAGUGUUCUUCGUAAUUGUUAGUAUUAAUAGCGUAUUCAAAUGUAAAUCGUUCGGCACUGUAAUCUUCAGUCUCUUGUGUACAUUGUUUCCUCUUCGUGCGAUCUUCUCCUCAUUCUCGUUCGAACACUCGAGGAGGCGUGAUUUAAUCUUUGAAAUUUUAAUGUUCAACAAUGUUCUGGCACGCGUUUAGAUAAUUCACACGAAACGGUUUCCACGAAGUGCCUGGAACGCGUCAUAGGAAAAAGAACGAGAUAUUAAUUAGAAUGAUAACUGUUACGAGAAAUAUUAUUUGCAAACGGUUAAUAUGUUUAUUCGUGUUAAGAUUAGUUUGUAAACGUUCUAGUUUAAUAUAAAAUACCGAAGACCAAUCACUUCGAACUUACGCAGUUCAAAUAAUAUUUCUGUGAAUGUUACAUUAAUUAGAAAAACUUUGUAUGUAUUCGUUUUAGAUGUCAGAAGUUUGAAAGUUGCACAGAAUCUUCAGUUUCACUCAAUAUAUAGCCUGUAAUCUUGUAAAUGAAUGUUAUUUCCUUUACUUGUAGAAAAUUCCUCCAAAGAUUUGUAAAUCUGAACUUAACAGGACCUAACUUAAUGUACGAUGUAAUAAUUUAGAUAAUUUUCCAUCGAAUAUUCGCACUUAUUUGUUAAUCCAAUAUGUUCGAAGGGUUUUUGAAUCCUUAGAGGCUAACCACCCUCGAGAUCGUCGCAAAAUGGCGGCUGGGAAUUGAAACGUGUACUCGUUAGACUUAAGGGAAAAAGCGGUGAUUAAGGACAUUCGAUGCCCCAAAUUAACCACUAAGUUGUAUAUUAAUCUAUUAAUUAAUUAGUUAAUUCGGAUCUCGAUCCAACUUGCAAUACAAUGCUAGCGAGCACCAAAUCAAAGUUUCGUCGUUUUGGCGUGCAGCCAAAAUUGAAAAUCUGUAUAUAUAUAUACGUUUCUAUCUCUGUCUCGUCUAUUCUUUACUCUAAUCACAAUAACUAUUAUCGUUUUCAUUUAAAUGUUAAGCUGUGAAUGUUCAAUGGAACGUAUACGACGUCUGAAGACUGUAAAGAAAAAUGGCGUCGACUCACAAUCGUAUGUAAUAAGAAUCGAAUCGAAUACUCUGUACAGGCGUCGAGUUUUCGGCGAACGCUGUCGCACCAAACGUGUCUCAAGUACCAAGAAUGCAUUUAACAAUCUAAUUGUAAUUGUAAUUGUAAUUGUAAUUGUAAUUGUAAUUGUAAUUCUAAUUCUAAUUCUAAUUCUAAUUGUAAUAUGUUAAGCCAUAACUAUUUUCUGUAAUUUUUUUACCGGAUUCGCUGAAGCCCAUUCUUUUCUAUUUAUGUUAAUGUAUCAAUAA